UGUAUACUGACAGUUUUAAUUUAAUGUCAUUCCGCAGUGAAGCGUAAAGUAUUUCACUGGGUGUAUUAUUUUGUUGUUUCUUGUUUAUUUAAUAAAAUUUCGUGAACGGCGGCCCGCCGUAAAUAAAUGGCGCCUCGGCUUGCAGCCUUACAACGGGAGCACAUCAUUGCUCUGCGGCAAAGUGGAUGCCGUGUUACAGACAUAUGUCGACUCACAGGAAUUACGAGAAAUACAAUCUACCAAUGGAUAAGACGGUGGGAGGAGGAUGGCAGCUUGCAGGUCCACCACCGCAAGGUGUACAAGCGGGCUACCACUGCGGAGCAGGACGCCGCCAUAGUCGCGGCUCAUGCUUCCGACAAACAUCUCAGCACGCGAGUCUCUUCCACUAGUUACAAUAUAUCAAUGGCCACGGUACGGCGACGUUUAAAGGAAGCUACGAAGAAAAAGGAUGAAAAAUCAGGAAAUGGUGAAACUAAGAAAGAAACUGAGAAAAAACUAAUAUGUCGAAAUUGCAAUACUGAAGUGGAAACCCCGGCUGCUAAGAGGCAAGAGAAUCAAAGAAAAAUCAUGAUAGCUCGAGUGUUCCACUAUUUAUCUCAAGAAUUGGAAGACUUGAAGAAGAUGUCGGGUCCACAGCAAAUGCAUGCUAUGGCACAGCUUCACAAGAGAACAGCUGCAGCUACCGGUGUCAAGGAAGCGGCUGUGGAACAGGCCCUGAAGGAAGAAGCGCAGAAGAAAGAAGCGCGUAAGGAAGCCAAGAGAAAAGCUUCUCUCACACCACGGAAAAAACCACUUCGAAAGACUGACAAGCAACUGAAGAUUGAUCCUUCGACAGCAGCUAGCCUCGCGAGCAAUAUUCCUAAUUUCCAGCCUCAAAACAUUAACAAUCCCUACAUGCUGGCCAACAUGGGAAUGAACAUGUUCCCACCACCGCAAGUGAACUACUCGCGUUAAUUUGUUACUAUAUGUAUAGAUUUAUAUAAGAUUAUGUUUACUGUAAGAUUUAUUUCAUAUUUUAACAUUAAAUAUAUUAAAAUACAAGUAGCCACUAGCAACGUGAUCCGAAUACGUUCGGAGAUGAUUCUAUCAUUAUUUCAAUC